GCUCUCGGUGGUGAGGAAGGCAGUGCGAGCAGCGGCCGCUCUGGUCGGCGGACGCGCUGCCUGGCAGUCCCGGAAGCGAAGCAGUGAUGGCGGAGAGUCCGACUGAAGAGGCGGCGACGGCGGGCGCCGGGGCGGCAGGCCCGGGAGCGAGCGGAGUCGCCGGUGUUGUUGGCGUUAGCGGCAGCGGUGGAGGGUUUGGGCCUCCUUUCCUGCCGGAUGUGUGGGCGGCAGCGGCGGCAGCGGGUGGGGCUGGGGGACCAGGGAGCGGCCUGGCUCCGCUGCCCGGGCUCCCGCCCUCGGCCGCUGCCCACGGGGCCGCGCUGCUUAGCCACUGGGACCCCACACUCAGCUCCGACUGGGACGGCGAGCGAACCGCGCCUCAGUGUCUACUCCGGAUCAAGCGGGAUAUCAUGUCCAUUUAUAAGGAGCCUCCACCGGGAAUGUUCGUUGUACCUGAUACUGUUGACAUGACUAAGAUUCAUGCAUUGAUCACAGGCCCAUUUGACACUCCUUAUGAAGGGGGUUUCUUCCUGUUCGUGUUUCGGUGUCCGCCCGACUAUCCCAUCCACCCACCUCGGGUCAAACUGAUGACAACGGGCAAUAACACAGUGAGGUUUAACCCCAACUUCUACCGCAAUGGGAAGGUCUGCUUGAGUAUCCUAGGUACGUGGACUGGCCCUGCCUGGAGCCCAGCCCAGAGCAUCUCUUCCGUGCUUAUCUCCAUCCAGUCCCUGAUGACAGAGAACCCCUAUCACAACGAGCCUGGCUUCGAGCAGGAGAGACAUCCAGGAGACAGCAAAAAUUAUAAUGAAUGUAUUCGGCAUGAGACCAUCAGGGUGGCGGUCUGUGACAUGAUGGAAGGAAAGUGUCCCUGUCCUGAACCCUUACGAGGGGUGAUGGAGAAGUCCUUCCUGGAGUAUUACGAAUUCUAUGAGGUGGCCUGCAAAGAUCGCCUGCAUCUUCAAGGUCAGACUAUGCAGGACCCUUUUGGAGAGAAGCGGGGCCACUUUGACUACCAGUCCCUCUUGAUGCGCCUGGGACUGAUUCGUCAGAAAGUUCUGGAGAGGCUCCAUAAUGAGAAUGCCGAAAUGGACUCUGACAGCAGCUCAUCUGGGACAGAGACGGACCUGCACGGGAGCCUGAGGGUUUAAAUCCUGCUCCCCUCUCCCUCCCCCCACUCGAGAGUCCCGGCAAAGUUCCUUCCCCCACCCCAGGGAUGGAGAGGCACUGUGUAUCUCCCUCCAACGUGACGUCAUUCUGCAAGAUAGCAAGAACCAAGCAAGCUUGGAUCCCAGGGUGCGGGGAUGGGGAGUCUGUUCCCGAUCUGACCUCCUUGGCUCUCGAGCAUCUGGGGGCUUCGUUCAUCCCAUAUCAGGGGCCAAGGUACCUGUGCAGGAGCACAUAGGGUGAGGGCCUUUGGCAAAAGCAAACAACCAACACACCUCUCCACAGGGCCAGCUCCUUAGGGAUAGGUGGGAGGUAGAAAUUGCAAUUCCAGGAGGGAAUGUGCCCAAAUGAUUUGUGGGGUAACCGGAAGGGAGUUUGGGGUGGGGGGGCCGUCUGUGACAUUUAAGCAGUCUGGGUGGUUGUAUGUGUCUCCUCGGUCUUGAAGCAGGGCUUCCCCGCGCCCUUUUCCUCCUUGCCUCUCUUCCCCAUUAUUUCCCAUGGGCCAGCAUAAUUUUGUUUUCCCUAAUUUAUAGUCACUGUUCUAGACAGACCAAAGAGAAGGAACAGUGGUGGAAUCUAGGCUGCUGAUCAGUGAGCUUUACCUAGCACCUGAGCACCUUUCUCUCCUGUUGCCCAUCUCCCCCCACGCCCCAUUUUUGAGAUUGAAGACAGAAAAUAAAUGUGAUAGGACUCGAACCAAGUUCUGGGUAAAAGCCCUCACAGGCACCGUAGGUAGCUGGAGAUGCUGUUUGUUCCCAAAAUCAUUGGAAAUUUCCCAACUCUAGCAGCUGCUGGGUGUAUGGGAUUCGAGCCACUAAAUAGGAUAGUCUCUUACAGAUUUCCAUAAAUACCAGUCACAAUGAGGGUGUUUCUCCUGGGUGUGGUGAGGGGCAGGCUGAUACUAGUCCUGUUGUAUUUUGCUUGGCUGUCCUUGUGGAUUUCCCCCCACCCCAGCCUGUAGUCAUCCAUCCUCACUUCAAGGCCCAGGGACUAGUGGGGAGCAAGGGGAGCCAAUAGAGAUCGGGGCGGGAGAUUUCUAGAUUUCUGGAGACUCCUGUCUCCCCAGCCCCUCCCAGCUGCUCCGUCACCUGCUCUGAUGGGUGUUUGCCCUGCUGUGUUGCUUAUCUGUAUUUAUCUGCAGUGAUCCUUAGCUGGUUGGCUGAGAAAAAUAUGCUUUAGGUGCGCUGUGAUACUGGGCAAGGAGGGAACCCACCCUCCCUACUUGCUGUGUUCUCCCUGUGCUUUCCAGAGGCUUGUUAAGGCCUCCCAUGGGGUGUUGGUUCUCUGCGUGACACGGCCCCGCCAGUAACCAGCUGCGUGUGGGGAGGGAUAACGUGUUUUCUGCUCUGCCCGCCUUUGUCUUGUGUAUCGUGGGACUUGCCUGGGAGGUGCUGGGAAGGAGGUUGGGCACAAAGGAGAAUGUCCUACUUGGGAGGCCAGGAAGCAAACUGCACAGGAAGUGGGUCUGGGGCACGGAAGUUUACCUUCGGUAUCUAAAUGUUGGGUCUUUUCACAAGGAGGCUCAAAAAAGGCACCCUGCUUCCAAUUUCCCCUCUUCCGUUCCCAGAGGUAGGACAGGGCUGGGAAGAAUGCCCUUGGUCUGCUGGUCCAGUGUUGUCUGUCAUCCAUUUAAGUGUUCCCACUUCAAGUGACAAUCCUCUCCCUGGCCCUGCCAUGGGCAGAGCACGUCUGGCAUACUGGCCUGACUUUUACGCCCUAAUCUUGAGGAAAUAUAUGCACAGGAGUCAAAAGAGAUGUCUUUAUAUCUGACUGUACAUAAAUGAAGUUUUUUUUUUCCUUUUUGGUGCAAUAAAGUUUGUUUGGCAGAA